AUGAUUGCAAGCGGUGCAUCGGAGCAGGAACUGAAAGAUACAAUGGCCAGCGCGAAACAGUAUUUCCUCCAGCGAAAGUGCGUACCGCUCUCCGCUCACAUCAGGACCGCGGUUGGUGAGCGUGUAGAUACGACCACUCAGCAGGCUGAGCAAACGGAAGAGGCAAAAGAUACAGAGCAGUAUCCACCCUCUUUCAAUACGAUUGUCGAGCUCAUCGCUACGGGACAAGGAGACAAAAUUAAGGGCCUUGCUACAGGCGAUGCGGAUGUGCGUGCACUAGCGCAGACAGCCACCAAGACUUUGUUCGACCACGGUACGUUCUGCCACGCACGCGAUACUAACCUGCUAGGAGUGAAAUACGAGUCAGCAUCACUACCGUACAUUUCCUCGCUACUUGAGUCUGUGGCGCCGCAUAUUUCAAGCUCGAUUUCCAAGAGGACACACCCCCUUUUCCCAGCGACGGACCUGAACGAGCUUAUCCUGGACGGUAUGGAUAACGACCAGCUAUGGCAGCAGCUUGAGUUGCGCUCGGGAAAAUUGGGCCGCGUACUGGACACAGUGAUGAGCUCCGGUAUGGAAAUGGACAGUGAAGACGAGGAAGGGACGUGCGAUACCAACUCAAUGUCUACAAACGAUGCGGAUAACGAUGCAGAUGACGAUGAGGGCUGGGAAGAUGCAAGUGAAGAUGCGGAGGAGGGGUUUGCAGGUGCCUCGGACCUGAGCGAUGUGGAUCCUGAUGAGCUCAUUUACGAGCCACUGCACAGUGAGGAGCAGCAGCAGCAUGUGAAGCAGGUGAAGGAGCGCGAAGAGCUUAUGCGCAUGUAUGGAAUUCGGGGCCCCGUUCCCGGCGACCAGGAUCUUAUUGAUUUGCUGGACGACGAGCAAGGCUCGAGCCGCGGCCGAAAGCCCAAGCAUCCGUCAUUGGACGACGAUUUCUUCUCCAUUGACGAAUUCAACAGGUUGACGGAGCAGGAUGAACGUGGUGAAAAUGCGGCGGAACCUGGCCUGGACUUGUUUACGCCGGUGAAUGUGGAAGCAGAAGAGGAAGACGAGGAGGAAGAUUCCGGCGAUCCAGCGCAUAUGAGCGGUACAGAUAUCCAUUACAGCGACUUUUUUGAGCCGCCAAAAGAGGCCAAGCGCCGCACGGGGAAGAGCAGGCCGCCAGUAGCCCAUCCAGAGGUCCCUGUGUGCAAGCACCGUGUGCGGUUUAAUGAGCAAGUGCGUGUCCGUCCCAUUAAAAAGUGUUCUCAACGACAAACCGCUGGUUUGCUGAUGUCACCGCCGGAUGGCGGGUGGGAGAAGGAUGCAUCGCACAAAGACGAAAUCGAGGUUGAAGACGCGGUCUCGGGCAUGCCGGAGGAGAACAGCGAGUCUUGGGACGAGGAAGAGGAAGAGGAGGUGGAAGAAGAGGAGGAAGAAGAGGAAGAGGAAGAGGAGGAAGAAGAGGAAGAGGAAGAGGAAGAGGAGGGCGACGGGAUGGACGUUGACGAAUCUGAUACCUUUGAAACCGAAGAAGAAAAAGAAGCGCACAUGCUCCAGCGCGUAUCGAACGAUUUGUUUGACGACGGCCAAGAUGCCGAGCUUGACGACCGUUCUACGCACGAACGUCGCCUUGCAGCGCUCAACGAAGAAAUUGCGCAGUAUGAGCAAGAAAACGUGCAAAAAAAAAGCUGGGCGCUGAUGGGCGAAGCUUCCACGCGCGAGCGCCCUGUGAAUAGCCUGCUCGAAGAGGACCUGGACUUUGAGCAUACCGCCAAAGUCAAGCCGGUCGCAACAGAGGAGCGCAUUGACUCGAUUGAGGAGAUGAUCAAGCAACGCAUUCUUGCGAAGCAGUACGACGACGUAAUACGCCAGCAAGACAUGGACACACUUCCCUUUGCGCCGUCCAAACUGCUCGAGCUGAGCGACGCGAAGAAUGCCAAGAGUCUCGCGGAGCUGUACGAAGACGAGUACCGCACUGCGCACGGCGAAAGCGAUGCUCCUCUUGCCGGAGCCGAUGCAAAGCUAGCCAAUGAACAUACGCAGAUUGGCAACGACCUUGACCGGCUUCUCAACAGCCUCGAUGCGCUCAGCAAUGCACACUACACGCCAAAAGCACCGAAAGCCGCCAUUACAACGAUAUCCAAUACACCCUCUAUUGCGAUGGAAUCCGCGCUGCCCUCGACCAUGUCGACCGGCACGAUGCUUGCGCCCGAAGAAGUGUAUGCGGCGUCGACCCAUGCGCCAGCCAUGACUGGGGCCAAGAGCGAAAUGGCUCCUGGAGAAAAGCGCAAGAUGCACAACCAGCUGCGCCAAGUCAAGCGCAAGCGCAAUGACCGGAUCCGCCGUGCGGAGGACGAAAUUGCGCGUAGCCGCGGCGCCCCUCUUACUAAAGGCACCAAGACGGAGAAAGACAAGGCGCUGAAAAGUCUGAUGGGCAACAAAGGCGUGUCUGUCGUCGGCAAAGACAGCAAGCGCACUGGGUUCCAAGACAGGCAAGCCAAGCAAAGUAUACCAGCGGGGUCGCAAUGGAAAUUGUAG